CACUCUUCUUGGAAAUGUUAAAAAGUUUAAUCGGAAAUCAACGACUGCAAAUUAUCAUUUAAUUUUUAUUAAACGAAGUGUGUUUUGUGAUUAGAAAAAAGAAAAAUGCGUGAAAUUGCCCAUUUACAGGCGGGCCAAUGUGGCAAUCAAAUUGGUGCGAAGUUUUGGGAAGUAAUAUCGGAUGAGCAUGGAAUCGAUCCAACGGGAACGUAUCACGGAGACUCGGAUCUUCAAUUAGAGAGAAUUAAUGUCUAUUAUAAUGAAGCAACCGGAGGAAAAUAUGUACCGCGAGCAAUUCUCGUCGAUUUGGAACCGGGCACAAUGGAUGCUGUCAGAUCUGGACCAUUCGGUCAAAUAUUCCGCCCGGACAAUUUUGUUUUCGGUCAAAGUGGAGCCGGAAAUAAUUGGGCGAAAGGACAUUACACCGAGGGUGCCGAAUUGGUUGAUUCCGUUCUUGAUGUCGUUCGCAAGGAAGCCGAGAGCUGCGAUUGCUUGCAAGGAUUUCAAUUAACACAUUCGCUGGGCGGUGGAACUGGCGCCGGAAUGGGAACGCUAUUAAUUUCAAAAAUACGCGAAGAAUAUCCCGACAGAAUAAUGAUGACAUUCAGUGUGGUGCCAUCGCCAAAAGUAUCGGACACAGUUGUUGAGCCAUACAAUUGUACAUUGUCUGUCCAUCAAUUGGUGGAGAAUACAGACGAAUCCUAUUGUAUUGACAAUGAGGCAUUGUACGAUAUUUGCUUUAGAACAUUGAAACUCACAACGCCUACUUAUGGUGAUUUAAAUCAUCUCGUGAGCGCGACCUUGAGUGGUGUCACCACUUGUCUUAGAUUUCCGGGUCAACUUAAUGCCGAUCUUAGAAAACUCGCCGUCAAUAUGGUGCCAUUCCCUCGUCUUCACUUUUUCAUUCCUGGCUUUGCUCCUCUCACGUCAAGAGGAUCGCAACAAUAUCGAGCGCUAACUGUUCCGGAAUUGACGCAACAAAUGUUCGAUUCAAAAAAUAUGAUGGCAGCUUGCGAUCCAAGGCAUGGAAAAUAUUUGACAGUGGCUGCCGUAUUUCGCGGUCGAAUGUCAAUGAAAGAAGUUGACGAGCAAAUGUUGAAUAUUCAAAAUAAAAAUAGUACAUAUUUCGUUGAAUGGAUUCCGAGUAAUGUGAAGACUGCCGUUUGUGAUAUUCCACCGAGGGGAUUGAAAAUGUCCGCCACUUUUAUUGGCAAUUCGACGGCAAUUCAGGAAUUAUUCAAAAGAGUCUCCGAACAAUUCACCGCAAUGUUUCGAAGAAAAGCUUUCUUGCAUUGGUACACGGGAGAAGGAAUGGACGAGAUGGAAUUCACCGAAGCGGAAAGUAACAUGAACGAUCUGGUUUCGGAGUACCAACAGUACCAAGAGGCAACUGCCGACGAAGAAGGUGAAUUUGACGAAGAAGACGAGGGCGAAGCAGAUGAUAAAUAAAUCCCCCCCCCCCUUCCUUCGAUCACCUUGUGAUCGAUAAUUUUUAGUUUUAAUUUUUUUGCAAAAAAAAUAUUUUUCCAGUUACAAAAAAAAUUUAUUUAUUACUAAAAAAAAGAAAAACACGCACACUUCGUU